CUAAUACGAACCUCCAAGCAAAAUAAAUAAUGGAAAGCCGAAAAAAACUAUGUGCAGCAUUGUUAUUAAUGCAAAACAAUUAUCUGAUUGCGGCUCACAUGCUGAAAAAGCAGAGCCGGCGCAAGCGAGAGUUGGGGUCCUCGAAAUAUGCACUGCAACGCGAACUAGCAGAUAUCGAAUUUAAGAUGAGCCGGGAAAUACAAGAUGAAGACUCCCUACUUUAUGGUAGAGUAUUGCGAAUGACACCAGAACAGUUUCAUUUUAUUUUGGAAAUGGUGCGGCCUGUCAUACAGGAAAAGAAAACACCAUUAAGGAGCAGCAUUACACCAGAGGAACGCUUGAAGGUGACGCUUUUCUAUCUGUCCACUGGUAGGAUGCCAUUUCGACAAACAAAACCCGAAUAUAUGCCCACAAUAACGAAGAUAUUAAGAGAGACAAUACCCGCUUUGUACAAUGUGCUAAAUGGAGAAUAUUUACCCUUUCCGACGUCAGCAGACGAAUGGAAACAGAUUGCCGCAGAUUUCUACGAUAUUUGGGGAUUUCCCAAUUGCAUAGGAGCUAUAGAUGGAAAGCACUGCAAAACACGACCCAUGGCCAGCACAGGGGAUACCAACAUGAUGUUGAUGGUCAUCGUGGACGCCAAGUACAGAUUCGUCUAUGUGAAUGUCAGCACAGACACUCGCAUUGGAGACGCUGAUGUGUGGCUGCACUCUGAUUUGAAAUAUAGUUUGGAUGACAACAGCAUUCAUGUGCCACCGCCAACUGCUCUGCCGCACUCGAACCGCAUAUCGCCGUACACGCUGGUCUCUGGUGAGUCCUUCCCCCUCACCGAGUACAACAUGAAGCCGUACAUUCACAAGAAUCUCAGCGAGAGUCAGCAGCAUUUCAAUUAUAUGCUCUCGCGAAGUCGCCGCGUUGUGGAGAAUGCCUUUGGGAUGCUGGCCAAUCGUUUUCGAGUUAUAUUUUCGCCCAUCAAACAGGUCCCUAUGACAUUCAGCAAGAUUGUCUUGACCUGCUUUUGUCUGCACAACUUUUUGAGAGAGGAAUCCAUACGCACGAAUAUCAAUUUGGAUAUCAUUCCAAAUGUGGAACUGCAGCGUCGUGCAUCGUGCAUCGUGGAGGAGAACUUUAUUGAGCAAAUGCUGGAUCAUCGCACUGUAAAGUCGACAGGACAUGGUCCCCAAGCGAGGGAAGGUCUUAGGGAAUACUUUUCGAAAUUACACUUUAAUUCGGAUGAUUAACAGGAAACUCCUAACAUU